AUGGCUGGUCGCAAGGGACUUUCGUCUUACAAAAAGACGAUAUAUGUUGGUAAUCUAUGUGGUGAUAUUCAUGAGCAAGAAGUGGAGGAUUUGUUCUACAAGUAUGUCCCAAUAACGCAUAUUGAUCUGAAAGUUCCACCAAGAUCCCCUGGUUAUGCUUUUGUGGAGUUUGAAGAGUCUCGCGAUGCUGAUGAUGCUAUUCAUGGGCGUGAUGGCUAUGAUUUUGAUGGGCAUCGCUUGAGGGUAGAACUUGCACAUAGUGGGCGUGGUAACUCAUCGUCAAAUAAUCAUUAUAAUAGUGGCCGCAAUAAUAAAAAAUUUGGAGUGCCCAAGCGUAUUGAGUAUCGACGUUUAUUUACUAUUAAUGCGCCUGCCCUUUAUUCUUUGCUGCAUUUCAUGUCUUUUGAUCUAAUUCACUUGUUUAUUUUUAGUUUUGGUUACUGGAUUGCCCCAUUCAGCGUCCUGGUAGUAUCUAGAAUAUUUGAAGAAGCUGCUGGAAUAUCUGGUCUAUUUUUUUGA